UGCCUUGCGCGGCGGGGAGAGCCGGGCGCGUGGCCUGCGCGGCGGCGGCAGCGGGAGCUGACGGCUCAUGGGACCCCCACCAGCAGCCGGGCGAGGGGACUCGCCGCCCCGGCUUCUUGGGCGCGGAGGCCGAGCGAGGAUGAUGGCGGGUCUUGCAACGGUGCUUCUCUUCCUCUUGCGGCAAGCCGCGGCGCAGGACGGGCAGUCCAUGGUGGCCGGGGCCGUGGACGGCACGGCGUACCUGCAGCCCGGGCUGCCGGACCCGGCCCCCUACCACCAAAUCUACUGGCGCUACGAGAACUCCCGCAAGAUCGCGGUGCGGCUGUGGCAGCAGCCGCCCACCUACCCCGACCCCGCCUUCCACGAGCGGCUGGAGCUCUCCGCCAACAACACCCUCUGCAUCCGCCACCUGCGGAAAAGCGACAGCGGCACGUACUGGCUCUACCAGGAGGACGAGGCCGGCAAGGAGCGCACGGAGAGCGUCCGCCUGGCAGUGCACGAGCGGGUGCCGAAGCCCACGGUGCGAGCGGAGGUGAGGGCGAGCGCCGAGCACUGCGAGGCCACUUUGACCUGCUCCGUGGCCCUCGAGGACGUGGUGUACGAGUGGCUGCCGCCCCAGCAGCUGCCGGUGUCUGGCAGCGCCAGGCUGACGGUCGCCUUCGUCCCUGGCGUGGAGAAUUACACGUGCAGGGUCAGGAACGCCGUCUCCACCAGCAGCGCCUCGCUGACGUACCGCUACCCCUGCUCCUGGGAAGCCGAGCGCUCCGCCGCCUCCACCACCCAGAAGACCGAGGUGCUGAUGACUCUGGCCUUCCUCCUGCUCCUCCUCUUCCUCCUGGCUUAAGGAUGCGCUGCUGCCACCAGCUUUUCUUAUCUCGUCACCUCCCGUCGCUGACGCCCCCCCCCCGUCCCCGGAUGAGGCCUCCGAACUGGCAGAGCUGUGGUUUCCCGGUGCCGUGGAUGCCGUCACUGCCGCGGUGGGGCGGGGGGGGGGAAGGCAUCCGCGGGAGUUGCGCUGAAAAGCAUCUCACCCACCGCCCGCUGCUCCCCACGGGUCCAGGCUCUCCUGCACUCGUAAGCACUGUGUUGGCCCCCGGCCCACGCUCCACUCCCAGCCCUGCUGGCGCCUCCGGCGAAGCUCCGUGCCUCAGUUUCCCCUCCUGGCCCCUCGAUGCCUAGCUGUAAUCAGAGACUGACUUCUGCAGGUCAGGGGAAAAACAGAAAAAGCAUCUCGGGUUCACCUCACUUCUCACCGUGGUGCUUUGAGAACUCUAGCAGCGUAGAUCGUGUUUACAGUCCCGAGGUCCGGGAUGUUCCCGUCUCAGAGUCCGGGAUGUUCCCGUCUCGGAGCAGCGUGGCUGGGGGUGUCUGAGCGGGUGCUGGUGCUGCCAUCGCCCCCGCAGCACGUCUGGGGGUGAAACCUCCUCUCGUACCUCUGGGCACCGCCCGCAUGGACCUUUCUCGGGACACUCUGACACCAGCGGCUGCCCUGGAGCGUGGGGUAUUCCCGGGCAUCCCGGAGCCGACGGGGUGCCGAUGCCUUUUCCGGUACCAAGGCACAGCGCAGCAGCACAGGGUCGGGGCAGCCGUGUUUUCCCCGAAGUGCAUCAUGCCCCGAGAAGCUGGAAACGGUUUUGGCCUGUCCUGGGGUCCCCAAGACCGCGGGCGAGCGUGAGGUGCUGCGCGACGUCCGGGCCUGGAGCACCGGAGCAUCCCCGGGAGGCUGAGCUGAGGUUUACCAAAAAGGAGGCUCCGGCGGCGCAAGUACGUUUCCUGCCUUCAGAAACAAGUGCAUUAAAUUAUUCACUGUCACCUUAAA